GUACUCAGACCCUAUCCACCUUAAACAAAUGGGGUCAGGGUCUGGAAGCUCGCGUGACGUUCGCACAUCGUCGGUUUUCGAACGUCACGCGAGCUGGUGGUUAAUCAUGCAACGCUUUAAGUCACCAAUUCUUCCGCCAUUGUCCGCCAUAUUGGUCGGCCAACAAGCAUCAGCGAAACUCUGCAUCUUCUUCGCGCUACAGAAGACCCAUAUAUUCAGAAAAUAUGUUUGAAAUCGAGUAUAGUGACCUUCUAUUUGAGAUAAGUUCGAAAAUUGGCGUAAACCAAUUAGAAAGAUUGGUUUUUAUGUGUAGAAAGCAGAUCACAAAAGGCAGUGAAAGAACGAUUCAAAAUGCACUCGAAUUAUUUGAAAAACUUGAGAAAUGGGAUAAACUCGGAAUCAACCGGUUAGAAACUUUAAAAAAAGAUUUUAAAACAGUUAAAGAAUUGAUCCAUGUUCAAGAAGAUGGAAGAGUUUGAGAACAAGAGAAAAGGUGCUCAAUUAAUGCUAGUCAUCUUUGUUUUGAAAUUCAGCGAAAGAAAUUUGAAAAGCCGGAAGUGUCUAAUUGCUCAAGAAGUUCAAUUUAAGGCUUACAGCUUCUUCAUUGGUGAGAAAGGAGAUAAUUUCUUGUUAAGAGGGAUUAUGUAUUUAUAUGAUAAUUUUAUUUCUAGCAGUUAUUGCUUUGGAUUUUAUUAUUUUUGAAUUUAUUUUUCUGAUUUUUAAUAAUUAAAUCAUGAGAAAUUAAUCUGUGGCCCUAAUUCCGUUUUUUAGGGUGUUUAUCAUGGAAUAGAAAAAUUUUAUAAGUUCAGGUAUGCAUUAAAAUUUUACAAAAAUUGAUUUCUAGCACAUUUGUAAUUAAGUUUAUAAAAAGCAUUUCAUGGACUUGGGCUCUUAAAAGGGUUCAUUUAUGUCUAGUAAUGAAAUGAAGAGUUUUUUUGUGAUUUGUUUUGUCUAUGUUACAGUAAGCAUGCUGUUUUGUUCCAUUGUUUAAAAUUAUAAUGUUCAAAGGAUUAAAUUAUGGGAAUAGGCUUCAGAUUAAGAUUUUUAGAGCUCUACUCUGUGUUUGAACAUGUAACCUACAUACACAUGGAGGGUACAAUUGUUGUGGUGAUCCACAUUUAAUGGGUCAUCCAUGUGUGUCAGACUUAAGCUCAGGUGACUCAUAUUUCAGCCCUGUUCAGGGUUCACUUGUUGUGUCCUAGUUAAAGACCUCAAAGACUAAGUUUAUAGUGAUAGAGUUAGAGGAGAGUCAUUAUCAAAAGCUAUGAUCCACUGAAUACCAGGAUUUGUUCUAGCUUUUUACUAACAUUUUUUCUGCUCCAAUUGAGACUUUAAUGUGAUGAGCUGUGAAAGGGAGAGAAAAAAAUUGUCAAGACAACCUUAAAAGGCUGGGUGGAUGAAACCUAUGGUACAUUUGAUGGGGGGAUGUCUUGCUACCCAACUAACUGACUAUUAGGGACAUUGACAUUGUGCUCCAUGACCAUGUUGGCUUGGUAUUCUGCAUUUGAGAAUGAGAAUUUGUUCAACAAUCAAGAAGUUUUUCAGUUGGUGAUAUUUUCUUUAUUCUAUUAAUCUUCUUUGAUUCAGGGGCAAUAUUGUAAGGAGAAAUUAGAUGGUAGUCUCUCUUAAAAGUCAAGGGGUUGAACAUAAAAUAGUCAAAAGAAGGGAUGACAAAAAAAUAAAAAUUAUGCACAUUGGCAAAGUUUAGUUUUUCUACUGAUAAGUAAGCAUGUUUUAAGUGGCAUAAAUGUAUACUUAAUCAGUGGAUAGCAUUAAAGGUGCACUCUCAUGAUGAUUCGGCUACUCAAACUCUGAAUAUCCUUUGCUAUUGACCUCAGAAUAUCCUUUGUUAUUGACUAUCAAGCAACUUGCAGAUUUGCACCUGAAAAGAUUGUAAUUGCUCGUUGUUGGAAUUAAAAGUCAUCUUUUUUGUGCUUUAUUACCUCACUGUUUUAGUAAGUACUAAAAUAACUAUUCCUCCCAAUGUCUGUGGCUAGCAGUGAAUAUAUACUUCCCUUAUUGUUACUCAGUAAAUAUCUAUAACUAGCCACCUCCACUUUGGUGACGAGUUGUGACAUAGUUUAGUAAUUCAUGGUACUUGUAUGUCUUCCUUUUUAAUUUUUACAUGGAUUUAGUAAUGUUGGUCUUCACAGCUGUUGUUAUCUUCACUGUGCAGGAGCUUAAAGAGCAUUGGGGUCAUGGAGAGAGAUGGAAAUCUCUUUAAUGCAGAUGGAAUUGACCCUAAAGAACUUGAGAACUACAAACUGGUACAAUUAGUUCUCUAAAGUGUCUGUAUAUGUAUAUAUAUAAGUUUUAUUUUAAAAUUUCCUUAGCUAACAUUUGCGAACUGUUUCCUUUUUUGUCCAGGACAAUAAUGGGUCAGUUAAAGGUUUCCCAGGUGCAAAGGUUUGUGAAAUACUGUGAAAAAAUAACUGUGAUUCCUACCUCUAUGUAAGGUUUCACUAAUUUUUUAUGGCUAAUUAACAUUCUUGCCUAGGUUUUACAAACUCAAGGAAAUGCUGCUCUGUUUAUUCUGCUCUUUUAGUCCUUAAAUAAUGAAUAAUGAGGUGAACACUAGGGACAUGAAUUUUUAAUGAAGUAGCUCCUUCCUCUUAGAACAUAAGCAAGUUGAAAUGUUAUAGGAGUUCAACCUUCUAGAAGCAGAAUGUGACAUAUUAGUUCCUAGUAGUAUUUAAUUAUUUAAUCUUGGGCUGUUAUUUGGUUAUUAGGUUUUCAAGCUUGGUUACUCACUAGUGAUAAAGGUUAUCCCAGUUAGUCAGGGGGGGGGGAAUCUAUAAUAAUUCUUCAGGGUUUCCUGACAUAUCUGGUGAUGUUAAUUUUACAGUCAACCCUUUAUUUCCCAUGAGUGAUGAUGACACGAUUACUCCUUACAAUAUCAGUAGAUAUUAGGCAGAUGAUUAGUUGAACCAAUACCAAGCUCUGAAAACUAACAUGAUAAGAAUUGUAUGGUACACAGUAAGGAGAAUUACUCACUAGAUCUUGGGAAAUGGUUUAUUUAAUUUGUCUUUUUGUAAGCACAACAUAAAUGUUUCAGCCAUCGAUAGAAUUUGUCCCUCUUGAUCCAGAGUUUCCCAUGCUUACCACCAGACCACCUUGUUCCUCCUUGCAGUUGUCAGAAAUGUUAAUUUUUUUCCUUAUGCUAUCUCAAUUCCAUUGAAACAGAAUUUUAAUAAAGUUUAAAAAUAAAGUGCAAAGAAGAAGGGAGAAACACUCAACUAUGUGUCAUGUUUCUCCUUUGCUUCUUUCACACUCAAGCUGCUUCCCACAUGCUUUACAACAGAACAGAACAAUUAGUCAAGGCUUCUUAAUAUUUGUUAAAAGCAAUUCAGUUGACAACUUUACCUUUAUGUGAAUAGUAGACAGUGGAGACCAUCAGGUUAUGUUUUUUUUCUUGUCGACGUUGUGGGCUGACCACACCCGAGGCUAAGAAAGUUCUGAUUGAAAAUAAGAACUCAUUAUUCUAGUAAGUUUACAAUAAAAUGGCGAGUGCAAUCUGAAUUAAAUUGUUAUAUGAAGUUCUUGUAUUUGUUUAUCAUAAUUAAUUUUUACACUUGAUAAAUUGCUUGAGUUUAAAUAGAUUGUGACCAUUUAGGACUUGUAUUUGAAUAUGGAACUGGUGUGACAGUAUUCUAUUUUGAGUGGCUGAAGAACAUCAGUCGUGUCAGUUUUGGACGUUUGACUUGGAAAUACGAGAAGCAGGCAAAUUUUCAUCUUUUAGGUGAGCUUGUCUUUUCACCAUGAAUAUGUUUAAUGAUGGAUCUUAAUGAUUCAUUUUGUUUUAGAGAUAAGCAAUUUUACUAUGAGUAUCAAGUGAUCUAAGACAGCAUUGUCUUCACCACAUAAAAUAGUACAAUAUGACUGAGAGCAUGAGUUGCAGUUUCCUUUCAACCUCAAAUUCCCAUCAUGACUAAUCUUGCCCUUUCUCCCAACUGCAUAAGUUUUCUUCUUCUUUACUUCAUUAGCUACCAGAGACAGCCCACCUUUAAGGCCAUUUUGCUUGUUAAACUUUUUUGGUGACCUCUUUGCAUAGCUUUAAGUGAUUAAGAGUUUUAAAUGACCCCUUAUAUACAAAUGGAUUGUACAAGUGCUGUUAUUAAUUUUGAUUAAAUUUCUUAGAGUUUCUGCAUGUUUGUUCUUUUUCACCAGGUAGUGUCUUAGAAAGCCUGAAUAAUCAUUCCAAAGAAGUCAUUCCUAUAAAACCGUUGGCUGAGUUCCUGCAAAAGAUUGUUGUGAGCAUUGCUUUCUAUUUUCAGUUUAUUAAUAUGAACCACAGAGGUGAAUCUGGGGAAGGGGUGCAGAGGGUGUGCCACCCCUCCCCCCUGUGAUGACCUGUGGCUUUUUUAUAUCACUAAUGUCCUGAAAAAAAUUUAUUUUUGUCCCCGUGUCAGUUACGUCCUUCCUUAGUGGUGCACCCCCUCCUUAGAAAAAUCCAUAUCCAAAUUCUUGAUUCUUCUCUGCACCCAGCAUAGUUGAUUGAGCAGUGCCACCUUUAUUAAUUUUUUUGCGACUCAGUUACUGUGCAACCCAAAUAAACCCAGCUUUUCUGGAUGUGAUGUUUAUUAGGGGUAAUCUCUUAUCAGUAUUUUACUCUCCCUUACACUGCUUAUUUUGGGGAGUGGUGCUUCAUCAAGGGCAGUGCCCUAUCAAGCAAACAUAAUAGUUAAUUUUGCCUCCAAAUGGCUUGUUAACCCUGAGACGUAAGAUUCAUAUUUGAAAUAUAAUGUAGACUUAAUUUUAUUUUGUAGGGUGGAAAAUGUUUACCUUUUUCGUUUUCAUUACAUUGAAGAAAAAAGUUUGUAACCUUAUUGUGAUACCCAAGGGCGCAAAUGAAAAAGACAUUGUUCAUACUGGAUUGGAGUACACCAUGGAACAAUCAGCUAAGGUACAUCUUCUCCGUGACGGAUUCCAAGUUUCUUCUCAAAAUUAUGUCCGAUUUUUGUCCUUAACUUGGUUGCUGGGCUGUCGACAUAUCGCUAGCAUUCCCGGGAAAGACAAAUAACUGGAAAACAAAGUCCACUUUUGGUCCGUUUUGGCAUUUAUUUCUCUUCUACAAAUUUUUAGCUCAAAUAUGUAGUAUUUUGCUUUGCGAGAGUUUGUGAGACUUCCUAAAGGUUUAUUUUUUCGGGGAAAAGAGGUUAUCCUCUCAGUUGUCCUCCCAUUUUUCCUGACAGGUAUCUAAACAUAGAAUCUGGUAUGACCUAUUGUGAAUGAGAAAAGACUGUCCCCAAAAGAAAACAAUGACCGGGAAACAUCUUCUGAAAGAGUUUAUGAACAGUGUUUCUAGAAGAGUGAUGGGUUCGACUCUUGAUUGCGUAUUUUUCACAGUCUUUUUAUCAAUAUGAAGUGAACUUAGUUUUUCCUUUUCCCAUUCAGAAAAUUAUUUACUGUGCCAGUGAGCACGACCUCGGUCUAGACAUUAGGACGGCUGCUUACAUUAUGUCCAUGGAAAAAGUCUAUGUAGCGUAUAGCGUCGGAAUAAACUUUAUUGACAGGAGUAAAGAAAAAGUCAAUAAAGGUUUAUUUUUAC